CCCGCCCCGCCCCGCCCCGACCGCAGAGGCAGCGCCAUGGCCGCCCGCCCGCCGCCCCGCUCCUGCGACACGUUCGUGGCGCUGCCGCCCGCCGCGGCCGGGGGCCGGGUGGUGUUCGGCAAGAACUCGGACCGGCCGCGGGACGAGGUGCAGGAGGUGCUGCACUGCCCCGCCGCACGGCACCCGCCCGGCGCCGCGCUGCAGUGCACCUACAUCGAAAUCGAGCAGGUUCAGCACACCUACGCCGUCGUCCUGAGCCGUCCCUCCUGGCUCUGGGGAGCAGAAAUGGGCGCUAACGAACACGGGGUGUGCAUCGGGAACGAGGCCGUGUGGGGCAGAGAGGAAGUCUGCGACGAUGAAGCUCUCCUAGGCAUGGAUCUCGUAAGGCUUGGACUCGAGAGAGCGGACACGGCUGAAAAGGCUCUUAGUGUCAUAGUUGAUUUGCUAGAAAAAUAUGGACAGGGAGGAAACUGUAUGGAGAGCCACAUGGCUUUUACAUACCAUAACAGUUUUCUGAUAGCUGACAGAAAGGAAGCCUGGGUGCUGGAGACAUCAGGAAAACACUGGGCAGCAGAAAAAGUAGAAGGAGGUGUACGGAAUAUUUCCAACCAGCUCUCUAUCACAACCAAGAUUGACAGACAACAUCCGGAGCUGAAGGAAUAUGCCAAAAGCAAGGGCUGGUGGGAUGGGGAAAAGGAAUUUGAUUUUGCUGCCACAUAUUCUUAUGUAAAUACUGCCAGAAUGACUACAUCCAGGGGCCGCUAUUGUGAAGGCUACAAACUUCUGAACAAACACAAAGGCUCUAUCACUCCUGAAACAAUGAUGGAAAUUCUUCGUGACAAAGAGAGUGGCAUUAAUAUGGAAGGCGGUUUUAUGACAACUGGAAGCAUGGUGUCUGUACUGCCUCAGGAGCCUAAUCUGCCUUGUAUUCACUUCUUUACAGGAACUCCAGACCCUGCAAGGUCUGUAUUCAAGCCUUUCAUUUUUGUGCCCGAUGUUACUCAGUUAUUAAAAACCACCUCCCCUACAUUUGGUCAUGAUGAUCCAGUUAAGAAGCAACCACGUUUUCAGAGUAAGCCAGAUCGAAGACAUGAGCUCUAUAAAAAACAUGAAAGUGCUGCUGUAGCUAUGGAAGCCAUGAAGGGCAAAGGAAAAGAGAUGCUGCAAAAGAUACAGAUGCUGGAGAAAAGUAAGAUAAGCGAAAUGGAAUCAAUCCUGCAAAACGGAUGUCUUGACACUAACCAAGUGGUUAACCUUUUUUCACAGUGUGUAGAAGAAGAACUCAAAAUAUAUAGUUAAAACUACGAUUUGAAUGAAUGGAUUAUAAUUUGUUGUUAUGGUUAACUCUUCUAAUGGAGUGGCUAUAUAGAUUACCUCUUAUUUUCAAUAUACCAGUUACUUAGUAUGGACAGUUUUAAAGCUGCAGAUCUCUAUUCAGGCCAAACAGCUUUUGGUUGUAGGAAGCAAGUCUGAAAAGGGUCUUCAGAGCUGGCAGUACCUCUGUAAGUGGCAAAAAACUGACAGCAGAGAUUGAUUCGCCAACAACCUGAUAUGCAAUUAGAAUUCAAAUAGCUUGACUAAGUUGCAGAACAACCCCAUCUGUGGAUGAAGAACACCAAUGUAGCUACACACAUGUAGCUUUUAUAGUCAAGAUAAUCAUUGCAGCAGAAUUUCCUACUGCCUGAAUUAAAAUGGCCAGGCUAGAGGCUUUUCUAAAAUGUAGGAAAAUAUUGCUUUUACUGAAUUAAAAGGAACGUGAUAUGCAAGUCAAGUGAGAUUGAUAUUCAGCUGUUUGAUAAAUGCUUUCUAAGGUAUGUUUCAUAUAUGAACUUUCUACUCCUUUAAUGUGAAAUAAGGCUAAGAGCUUAAGGUCUUAGAUUAAACCCAAAUCAAUUACAGUUUUACCAUAAUUUGUUGUGAAAUCUGAUUAUACGGGAUUCAACAAUGUUAGUGUCUAGCAAGUUACCACACAGUUAUUUAUUUACAUACAACCUGAUCAUUGUAAAUUAAUUCUUCAAUACACGUUAUACCACUGUGA